CGUAUGCUCACACCUACAGCUGGUCUGCAACGGAAAGAUGGCGUCAGUCACGAAUUAUAGCAGCUACAGCCAGGCUGGUGCACAGCAGUCGUACGGAGCGUACACUGCACCACCUUCUCAGGGCUAUGGACAAACUGCACAGCAGGGAUAUACUCAGCAGGAUUAUGCCUCAUAUGCUCAGCCCGCUGCAGCACCGGAGUCAACCUACAGUCAAGCAGCGCCUUCUGCUGGAGGAUAUGCACAACAGCAAUAUGCAUCCUCGUAUGGACAAGCUGCGGCAACGGCAGUGGCAGCAACACCACCAGCUGCUUAUGGAACACAGCAAUCAGGAACUUAUAGUCAGCCUGCACAGACUUACGGAGCAAGUAGCUACACUAACUCCACUGCAGCCCCUGCUGCCCAGGCCUCCUAUGGCUCUCAGCCUGGAUACACUGCCCAACCAGCCUAUUCUGGCUACAACCAGCAAGCUGCUGCCUCCGCUCCUCAGAGCUAUAGUGCAAGCAGCCAGCCCACCUAUAACCAGGGAACCUACUCCCAGCCUGGUGCUUACUCUCAGCCUCAGAGUGGGUACCAGGCUCAGCAGCCAGGCUACGGACAGCAGCAGCAGGGCAGCUAUGGGCAGGGACAGCCCCCUCAGCAGGGCCCACCUGCUUCUUACCCUCAGGGCAACAGCGCAUACGGACAGCCUCAGUACAGCCAGAGUGCACCACAGAACGAUUACAGCCAGUCAAGUCACUAUAAUAGCUACAGUCAGGGUGGAGGAUACCAAGGGUCACAACGGGGUGGCAGAGAUGGUUAUGAGCGUGGAGGCCCUCGGGGGCGUGGGGGGAUGGGCCGUGGAGGCAUGGGCAUCGCUGGAGACAGAGGGGGCUUCAAUAAGCCUGGUGGAUCCAUGAGGGGUGAAAUGGGAGAGCAGGAUGACUCUGAGAACAGCACCAUCUACAUCACAGGCCUCACAGAGAAUGCCAAUCUAGCAGAGAUGGCUGACUUCUUUAAGCACUCUGGAACCAUACGGAUAAACCGGCGUUUAAACCAACCAGCCAUAAACAUCUACACAGAUAAAGACUCCGGCAAGCCAAAGGGAGAUGCCACUCUGUCCUAUGAGGAACCUGCGUGUGCCAAAGCUGCUGUUGAAUACUUUGAUGGUAAGGAGUUCCAGGGCAGGAGGUUGAAGGUGUCAAUGGCUCGCCGGAAGCCCAUGAUGGGGGGUAUGAGAGGAAUGCCAAUGAGAGGUGGAAUGGACCGUGGAGGUAUGGGAAGAGGUGGAGAUAGAGGUGGUUUCCCACCUCGUGGGGGACCUCGAGGUGGAAUGGGCUGGGGUGGGCCUCAAGGAGGUAAUGCACAGGCGAGAGCUGGAGACUGGGAAUGCCCUAAACCUGGAUGUGGAAAUCAGAACUUUGCCUGGAGAAUGGAGUGUAACCAAUGUAAAGCUCCGAAACCCGAAGGCCUUGGAUCUCCACCCUUCCCUCCUGCAGGAGGUGAUCGUGGCAGGGGUGGUAUGGGAAUGAGAGGUGGUAGGGGAAUGGAUCGUGGGGGCAUGCGUGGAGGCUGGGGAGGAGAUCGUGGAGGCUUCAGAGGUGGCCGUGGUGGAAUGGACAGGGGCGGUUUCAGAGGUGGUAGCAGGGGUGGUCCUCCCAUGGACAGAGGGGCCAGGAGAGGCAUGGGACCUCCAGGCAAGGAUAUGAGGGAUCAUCGUCAGGAGCGCAGAGACAGACCUUACUGAGUAACUGCAUCAAGCAAAGAGGAAAUGCAUAAAAUAGAAGAAUGCUUUUAAAGUCCUUUUUAUUUAUGAUUCCAUAUUUAUAAAUGGCUUUCUUUUUGCUUGCUUUUUAUUUUACAGUACCACAUUAUGGUUUUAGUUUUUUUUUUUUUUUUUUUUUGUGUAUGCUAUUUUGGCUUUUCCCUUUUAAAAAAAAAAAAAAAUACAAAAAAUCUGUUCCCCUUUGUCACCAUUUUUGGGGGUCUGUCUAACCUGUGUCUGUUACUAUGUACUUUGAACUAUUUUUAAAAAGAAAAAUAAACUUUUUUUUCCACCA